UAUUUCAGUGACUGCGGGGAGCUGAUAAUCUGGGGAAGAGAGAUGCAUGCUCUGUUGAUAUCUGAGGAACUUGCAAAUGAUGUGGCUGGUGCCGAACUACUAAUUAAACGGCAUGAAGAGUAUAAGAGAGAGAUUGACAAGCACUGGGUCAAAUAUGAGGAUCUGCAAAGAACAGGAAACAAUUUCUUGGAGAAGCGUCACUUCAUGGCAGUGGAGAUUGGAGAAAAAGUUAAAGAGCUUUCAGAGCUGAUGGACCUGGUCUCUGAAACCUGGAAGAGGAGGAAGGAAAUCUAUGAAGAAAAUCUGGAGAUCCAGUUGCUGUUUAGAGAUAUAGAACAGGCUGAUGGGUGGCUGAACUCUAGAGAACCAUAUCUUCUUGAUAAAUACUAUGGGGAUUCUGUGGCCCACGUUGAAGAGCUGCUGAAGAAACAGGAGGACUUUGAAAAGAUGUUGAUGGCACAGGGGGAGAAGUUUGAAAUGCUGAAAAAGAUAACAAAGCGAGAGCAGAACUUACAUCGUGGGCACAUUGACCUACAAGAAAAGGAACAGAAAAAAACGGAGCCCUUCUUCCGGGUGCCUUCUCUAAAGAGGAAGACUUCUGAGAGAAGAUUGUUCCCUCCAAAACAGUUUGAUAGAGGAAGUACAAAGAGAUCUUCUCUGGAGCCACCGAGUUUCCUGCAGUCAAAGCCAACAAACAUCACUGGAACUUUUCCAAAAAUCUUUGAUUCCAAUGUCAACAAACCUGAAACAGCCAAGGAACCUGAAACAGUUACCUCCACAAAUCUUCUUGAUCUUAAGAUUCCUUCUUUGGACACGACUGUCUUGAUUUCUUCGCAGUCACCAGCAAUAACCCCCCAGCAGCCCUCUACACCAGCACAUACUUACCAGUUCUCCAAAAUUCCAGUCACAGAGACUAUCCUGGAUAGUGCCCCAUUCUUUUCUUUAGAAGACACCAGCCAUCAACCUCAAGGAGAAAGCCAAAUUAAAUCCACCACUGUACCAACAAAAUACUCAGUGAAUGCUGCCCCUUCCUCAAAGAUUGUCCACAGCACUGAUUUGAAGGUCGCACCUUUGAUUGAACUCGGAGAUGUACUUUCAAAUACCCCAGUUCUGCCUACACCAGCUCCUAAAAUCACUUCUGUCUCCAUUUCGGAAGUGAAGGCUCAGCCUCCAACAGAGCUUAAACUGGACUUCCCAAAUGUACCUUCAAAAACACCAGAUUGGUCACCAAAAUCCCCUUUGACUCCCACUUUUGAGAGGACUGUGAAUGGAUUCUUGGAGGCUAAACAGAAAUUUCUGCCAGGUGGAAAGACAAACCCAGUCACCUCCUGGAAUUCUUACUACAUUACACUACGUGACCAGACAAUGAGCUUCUACUACGCCAAGAAGGAUGAAUCCAAGAAUGAAACUGCAAUUCCAUCAGUUAGCAUGGUUGAUGCCAUCUGUGAGAAAAUAAAGGAUUCACCAGACAAAGUG